AUGAAGUGCUGUCUCAUCUUCGCUCUCAUGAGUGCAGCUGUUGUUCUAGCCAAAUAUUCUCAAAAUGAUAAGUUGGACUUACCAGAAGAUUUUACUAUUCCUUACAUGGUCUAUCUGCAGUCCAGCCCGGAACCUUGUGUGGGGUCUCUCAUUCACCCUGAGUGGGUACUGACGGCUGCUCAUUGCCCCUUACCUGUUAAAAUCCGACUGGGAGUUUAUCAACCCAGCAUCAAAAAUAAGAAAGAGCAGAUACGGAAUUACUCACUGACCGUGAUCUACCCUAAAUUCAACACACAAUCUCUGGAAAAUGACCUGAUGAUGAUAAAACUGUCCAAGGCUGCUGCAUUCAAUGACCAUGUGGGAACCAUAGCCAUAGCUAUGGAACGCUUAGCAGUUAAUGAUACCUGCUUUAUCCCAACCUGGACCUGGAAUGAAUAUAAAAACCUUAGUGACCCUGACAUCCUGACUUGGAUAAACCAAUAUUCUCUUCCCUUUGAUGACUGCCAGAAUCUGCUAGGCCAAAGAAUGAGAGUAAACAUCAUGUGUGUGGGACAACCUCUGAACACCAUAUCCAAAACUAAGGAAGUUUCAGCUGCUCCAGCCAUCUGCGGUGGUAGAUUGCAUGGAAUCUUGUCCUGGGCAAAAGGAAGUGUCACCCUGGGAAGUGAAGGAUUCUUCACAGAAGUUCAUUCCUAUGCAAGAUGGAUCCUGAAAAUCAUUAAUACCCACUGA